AUGAACUGCAUCGAGAGUAAACUGUCCAGCCUUUUCCAUCGGCAUGGACGUUUACUCGGAAAAUAUCCACUACCGUACGUGUUGUGGCCAAUUAUUUUAACAGCGAUUUUGGCAGCCGGUAUGACAUACCUGAAGGACGACUCCGACCGAGCUACCAUCUAUACACCGGAGCAUGGCCCUGCGAAACUCCACCGGGAUAUCGUUAAAGACCUCUUCCCGAUGAACGACGACGGCGAGUUUCUUCCAAGUAGGAUCGUGUCUGAGGGUCGAAACGGUCGCUUGAUUAUAAUGGGGAAAAACUGGCGUGGUAACGUGUUGCAUGAAGAUGUUCUGGAUGAGGUGAGACAACUCCACGCCGAAAUCUUGAACUUGACGGUAACUAUCAACGACGAAUCCGUUUCAAUACGAGGACAUUUGCGGUCGAUGGCAAGACAGUUCAAACCGUGGUACGAGCGAGUUCAUCUGACUUAUCCAUUUGCUCCGUCGCCGACUGGGUACCCGGCUUUCAUCGGCAAUAGUUUGGGUGGCGUGGGAAUAAUGGGCGACAAUGUUGUGAAGUCGGCCAAGGCGAUCCAGCUGUUUUAUUACCUGCUAAAUAAAAGCCUCGAACGUCUGGUUCCCCGUUUCGUCGUUACUUGCUGCGCUGUCGUUCUCUUUUCCAUCAUGUGCUGCUCCUCGUUCGAUUGUGUGGUGAGCAAACCGUGGUUGGGUUUACUUGGAGUCUUGACUGCAUCUAUGGCUAUAUUAUCUGCUGUUGGGUUACUUGGUUUCUGCAAAGUGGACUUCAUCAGUGCUGUCGCAUCAAUGCCAUUUCUCAUUCUCGGAAUUGGAGUGGAUAACAUGUUCAUCAUGGUAGCUGCUUGGAGAAGAACUCCUUCUUAUCUGCCUGUAGAAGACCGCAUGGCGCAAACAUUCAGGGAAGCUGCUAUGUCUAUCACAAUCACCAGUGUCACCGAUGUCCUGGCCUUCUGCGUUGGGGCUAUCUCUGAUUUCCCGGGAGUUAGGAUCUUCUGUCUUUACACUGGUUUGGCCAUCAUCUUUGGAUACAUCUAUCAGAUUACUUUUUUUGGUGCGUGUCUCUCCGAAUUUGGACGCUUGGAAGCCAAAAAUGGUCAUUGGGCUACUUGCCAGAGAGUUUUAGCUCCUGAUGAAGCACCAUCCUCAUUAUAUCGAGUGUUCUGUGCAGGAGGUAUCAGUGAAUCCAACCCCAAAGGCUCUACUCCGGAGCACAUAGUUGCGAAGUUCUUUGGUGAUUAUUAUGGUCCUUUCUUGACCAAGAGCUGGGUGAAAGGACUUGUUGCGUUGACAUUUCUCAUAUACUUAGCCUUCUCAAUAUGGGGUUGUAUUAAAAUACAGCGAGGUAUUAAAUUGAAGAAUACUGUUCCUGAUGAUUCCUAUGCUAGCAAGUUCCUCACUUUAGAAGAGGAGUACUAUUCCCAGUACGGUUUGCCAGUAUCCGUGAUUGUCUAUCGUCAUGCUGAGUAUUGGGACAAGCAGGUUCAAAACGAGAUUUCCAGAACUUUACAAGAAAUUGAAAACACUCAAUACUUUCAUGAUUCUCGGUUCACGCAAUCAUGGCUUCAUGACUAUUUGAACUAUCUAAACCAGACUGGUCGUAGAUCAGAUGUUAUGGGGCAAGAGACUUUUAUUGAUGUUCUUCAGGAAGAAUUUCUAAAUAUUCAGGCAUUCCAAAGACAUAAGGCUGAUAUACGCUUUGCCAAUGGUGCCAUCCUCGCUACACGUUUCAGUGUGUUGACAGAAAAUGCAGACGAUGCUAACAAACAGAGAGAAAUGAUGGAGAAAGUGAGAUCAAUUGCCGAAGAUUCUCCUAUACCCAUGAUAGCCUUUCAUCCAGCUUUUAUAUUCUAUGAUCAAUACACAGAAAUUCUGCCGAGCACACUUCAAACAAUGGGUAUCGCGGCUGCGUCAAUGCUUCUUGUUUCUCUGCUUCUAAUACCCCAUCCGAUAUGCUCGUUAUGGGUGACAUUUUCUGUUUUCUCCAUUUCGGUGGGUGUCAUAGGCUUCAUGACCCACUGGGAUAUCUCGCUAGAUGCGAUCUCAAUGAUUAAUAUCAUUAUUUGCAUAGGCUUCAGUGUAGAUUUCUCAGCACACAUUACCUAUUCCUUUGUGGUAUCGCCAGCAGCUACAAACAAUGAACGUGCCAUUUCAUCAUUGCGAGCUCUUGGUAUGCCUAUUUUACAAGGCGCCAUAUCUUCGAUCCUGGGAGUAGUGGCAUUGUGUACCGCCGAGGCCUACACCUUCCGCACGUUUUUCAAAACAAAUUUUCUUGCUAUCGGGUUCGGAGCAUUGUUUGCACUAGUGUUUCUUCCUACGUUUCUCACUUUCUUUGGGCCUAAGGUCCAAGAAAAGGACAUCCCCAAAGAUGUGAAACAGGCAGUCAAACUUGCGAAGGAACCUAUUGUCUCAGUUAAAAACCCUGAAGCUCCACAUUGUGAAUACAUAGUAUAUUUACCACCAGUAACUGUAGUAUGA